GGCGACGCACCGGAGAAUAAGCGACGACGCACAAAGGACCUUCUCGCGUGAUUUGAAAUUGGCAUAAAAAUAUGGCGGAAGGAGGCAAGAAAACCAAGAAAAAGAGGCCGCAUGAGGAGGUAUCCGGGGCCACAGACGAUGCCGCAGAUAAUGCCACGGAGAAUGAGCAGUCGGCAGUCCAGGUGUCUGAGGAAGCAAACAAGAAAGUGCGUGACCAGUACAGGAACCUGCUGCAAAAAGUGCAAGAGCAAGCUGACGAAGCAGGACAAGCGGGUGUCACCAUCGAGAAUAUUUGCAACAUGGUCAUGGAAGCCGACCAGGCGUUCUCCUCAGUGAAGCGGCCAAGGGAAGCUGCCCUGGACGCGCAGUUCCUAAGAACAUGUGGCGUCCUGGCCAAGCUGAACAUCGAGUCUUCACAGUCAAAUAUCAAAGAGUUUCGGCCCUCAGAAUUUGCACAGAAGUUGGCACACUUCAUGCACCUGGACACGGAAAGCAAUAGAGGGAACACUGAGAUAGAUUAUGCAUCCUGGAGAAGGUUUGGCCAAGCGGUGUCUUCCCUCUUUAAGAAAACAACGGGGAUUGAGCCUAUGUUGGGGGCUUUGGAGUGGGAGAAGCCCAGGGCCGAGCGUAAAGCUAGAGUUGUCGAGAAGGACAAGGAGACCCAGAAGAAAACUCCCACUGAGGUGGCCAAUGCAGUCAGCGGCGAAGAGCGGCAGACAGAGGAGGUGCAGCGGCUGUACAACAUCCUCAAGUGCCAGUACCACAAAUACGGCAAGACUCCCGUGUGCUUCUUCUCCUUUGUCGUGAACCCUGACAGCUAUCCACUAACAGCCGAGAACCUCUUUCACACAAGUUUCCUCGUAAGCCAACAACUUGCGGUAGUGGAGAGAGGAAACGAUGGCACUCCUGUGAUCUCACCGCAAGAACAUAGCAAAUCGGUAGUGGGCGGGGUCAGCUCCCAGUGCAUCGUGUCCAUCUCAGAGAGCGAAUGGCGCGAGAUCGUUGAGAUUUUCGGCCUCACGCAGUCUGUGAUUCCUUCUCCAGCCAAUAGGACGAAGAAGAGGAGGUCGUAAUCAUCUUCACUAUCCUCCCCUUUUUUUUAGUAUAGGAUUGUAAUGCCUUUCCUUUGUUUUUUUUUAUUUGUUAUAUACAUAUACCCUUUCUUUUUUUCUUCUUUUUUUCUAAUUUCUUUGCAUUAUUCUUCAUGCCCUCAAGGUCAUGGUUUCAUUUCCUAUUCCUCUGAAAAGAAAGUGAAAAGGCAUUACUGGGAAUUUAGUUAAAAUUAUAAAGCAAACCAAAAAUAUAUAUUUUGAGUAGACAGGUUUUCUGUCCUUUAUAUUUUUAUAAUCAACAUUAACCUUUCAUCAUAUGAUUGAUAUAUCAUUUCUCAAGAUAGUUGUUAUUUUCUUAUAAAUUAUGUUCCAACUCUCACAAUGAAAACAUGAAUCUGAUAUAUAUAUAUAUAUAUAUAUAUAUAUAUAUAUAUAUAUAUAUAUAUAUAUAUAUAUAUAUAUAUAUAUAUAUAUAUACUAAAAUACACUUAAAAUAAUACAACACAUGACUGUACUUCUAGUACAAAAUUAGUAUUGUCAUUUUCAUAUUUUUAUACACAUCAUAUCUUUGUUUAAUGUUGAUCAGUAUAGGCAAAUUAACAAAGAAAUAUAUGGCAUAAUGACUUAAUAUCCUGAACAUGUCAGUGCUGUCAAAGACUAACAUUUUCUCUGUUAUUCCCAUUCCACGCAGUACUCUUUGCGCAGUAUUUUUAUAUUCAUUUUAUCACUUUAAUGUCCAUGGCUGUGAAACCCCUUGGAGAACUAACAGCAUUGCAAAUGGAUUGAGUAACUGAAAUUGGAUAACUACUGUCAUAGAAAAAGAAACCAUAGGUAUUAACCUAAAAGAAUAUUCAGUUGUUUAAAAAGAAUAUAUGCAUGAUCAUGAAUCUGGAUUAAUGUAACAUUGAAUAUAUUAAAUAAUGUCAUUUCCAUGGCCUAGGA